ACCACAGUCGGUCUCAGACCCAACCCUGGUUUGGGUUUGGGCUUCUGGUGCUGCUGCAGCUGCUACUAUUUACCACGCCCCAUGCGCAUGUUAGCAUGAAUCCCCGUUGUUUCUGGGUCCUUCCGUUGCUCCUUCUUCUAGCCCUACACACUUUAUCUUGUCUUCUAUGUUGUAUGCUUCGGCGAAGCCUUCUUGCUCUCUACGAUCAUCCUUUCCUUCCCCUCUCAGCAAUCGCCGCCUCGGAUCUGGAUUCGAUUUUGCUCACGUUUGUUCAAUUUCGAUCAAUUCCACCCGAUUUUCAGGUUUUUCGGAUCAAUUGAGAUCGUUGUUCUUUCUUGGGGUUUUAUUCAGCUGGGCAUUGCCUGAAACCGACUGAUUUAGAUAAAAGGUUUUUAAGGAGCAAGCGUCUGGAAAAUCUUGCCUCGUGAGUUCAUGCAGCAAUGCGAGCACAUGAUAGAUAUGAUGAGUAUGAAGAUUUAGACGAGUAUGAGGAGGAUGGUGAUGAGCAAGAAGAGAAAGAUGCUGGUGAAGAUGAAUAUGAAGAGGAAGACGAUCCUAAGCCCGCUAAGGAGGUGUUGAAUUAUCUUGAACUGAGGCAACGAUUAAAAGAAGAGAAAAGAAAGAAGUUGAAGAAGGAAUUGGGAACUGCUAAUGGCAGUUCUCGUGAGAAAAAGAAUGUGAUCUCAAAGGAUGUGAUCUCAAAGGAUACUUAUGGUUCCUUUUUUGGACCUUCACAACCAGUUAUUGCUCAGAGAGUGAUCGAAGAAAGCAAGUCAUUACUUGAGAACCCGGAUUUGGCAGCUAGAGUCAUUAAAUUUAAUCAAAGUAGAAACAAGAGCUCUGGUUCAGCCUCAUCUGUGUCAAAGUCUCAAGCUGGUGCUGGCCCCAGACCAAAAGUUACAAAUGGGGUAAUAUUUUGGUUUUUGCAUUUAUGCUUCCUCUUUCCCCUUCGCUUGUAUGAUGUGCUGUUGUGCUCUUUUAUUUGGGAGGCUUUGCAUCUGAAAAUUUUAUCAUCGCAGCUACAAAAGAAAGUCGAGAUGCUAAAAAAUACCAGGGAUUACUCAUUUCUAUUAGCUGAUGAUGCUGAGCUUCCUGUGCCAAAAAAAGUUCCUCAUAGUAUUUCUGCCCAAAAACCUGAGGCGCGCUCUGCACAAUUGUCAGAAAGAAGCAGAGAUUCUUUAAGCAUUAAUGGACAAAAAGUUUCCAGCAGUCGCGAGGAUAAGAAACCUACAGCUGCUAUUAACCGAAUGCAGCCUAAAGUAGGGUCAGAGAAAUUUGGUUCCAGGGAUAAGCUGGUUCGGCCAUCAGUAGAGUCUGGGAAACAUCUCAGUGGAAAUAAUGGUGCGUUAGCAGAUCAUAGAAAACAGCCUUCCAUCAGUAAUGGUAGUGGGCCAGGUCGGCCUGUGGUGUCAAAGAGUGUGCCAACAAAGCCCAUCAGUAAUGGUAGUGGGCCAGGUCGGCCUUUGGUGUCAAAGAGUGUGCCACCAAAGCCUUCAGUAAGUACGUCAGAUAAGAAGGCUUCGGUUCCUGUUGCAAGAACCUCUGCUCCUGGCAUUCACAAACCAAAUCCUUCAAAAGUGCAGACUUCUGUUUCAAAGCAGUCCUCUGCGAGGAAGGAGGAACACCAGGCACCAGGAAAGCCAAAGAUAUUACCAAAACAACCCAUCCCACCCUUAAAACCUAAGCAAGUAUUGCGACCAGCACCAAAACCUUCAGCUCGGGAUGCUUCAAGAGGUGAACGCCCAAGGAAGAGGCCCGUAAGACACAAUGAAGAUGAUGAAGAUGAUCCUGAAACUGCUUUGCGUAUGAUCAGGAAUAUGUUCGGAUAUAAUCCUAGUAGGUAUGAGGAUGUUGACGAUGAUAGUGACAUGGAGGCUAAUUUUGACGACAUUCAGAGGGAGGAAAAGAGAAGUGCGAGGAUUGCUCGGCAAGAGGAUGAAGAAGAGCUUCGCAAGAUAGAAGAAGAAGAAAGAAGGGAGCGCUUGCACAAGGAAGCCAAAAAACGCAAGUUAAGCCAUCGAUGACCAGAAAAUGCGCUAAUCUGACAGGAAUUGUGUAAUUGUUGCUUUGCUGAAAGCCCAAGUAUGUGAAGCGAGAGGAAGGAGAAAAGAGGGUGGAGAAAAAUUGCUCUCUACUAGUCUUUUUAUUUCAUCUGUAAGCCCGACGUGGUGGUUUAGAUGUGGGGCUCCAUUGUUUAUUAGUUAUUAGGAAUGAUUUUUGUCAAAAGAUAGACUUACAAGGUUUUUUUCCCCUUUUUUUCUUUUUUGGGUCCCUUAUUCCUGGUGUAGCAAAUCAUUUGAUCAGGUGUAUAUUUAUCCUCAGAAUUACUUGUUCUUUGCAA